UUUGGUGAUAAGAUAAGAGAUCUUUUAUGAUUAGCAGCAGAGAUGAAUUUCAGUGGUUUAUACUGUAAUGUAUUCUGGAUUUUGUCAACUGGUGGGAAUUUUUAACAUGUUGCCUCAGUAUUCUUUAUUUUAUCUUUUCGAGGACUUUAAUUCCUUGUGUACUGUCUGAUGCCUCCCGCAUCAGGUUAUUUUAUCUUCAGAAUUCCUGAACUACAGAACAUCGCUCUAAUUUUAUGAUUGAUCAAUGAUUUGAAUUUAUUUUGCAUAAAGAAAGCACCUUUCUAACGCUUUUUGACAGUAUUCAAGAUGUUCACUUUGUUCUACGGCUUGUAUAAAUACCUGGUGCAGAAGGAUGAUUACUGCGUUCUCAUCGUGGGGCUUGACAAUGCUGGUAAAACGACGUAUUUAGAGUCGGCCAAAACCAAAUUCACCAAAAACUACAAAGGCAUGAAUCCGAAGCAGAUCACCACAACUGUCGGACUGAAUAUCGGGAAAAUUACAGUCUCUGGGAUUCAGCUGAAUUUUUGGGAUCUCGGUGGCCAAGAAGAACUGCAAUCUCUCUGGGAUAAGUACUAUGCGGAAUCUCAUGCCAUCAUAUAUAUAGUUGACUCAAAUGACAGGGAUAGGAUACCAGAGUCAAAAGAAACUUUUGACAAAAUGAUCUCAAACGAAAAUCUCAGUGGUAUUCCGUUACUAGUUCUAGCAAACAAGCAAGACAUCCCAGAAUCCAUGGGUGUCAGAGAAGUAAAACCAAUUUUCAACAAAAAUGCUCAUCUAAUUGGGAGAAGAGACUGUAUGGUGAUGCCAGUUUCAGCGCUCACAGGGGAAGGGAUUGAUGAAGGAAUAAACUGGCUCGUCGAUUGUAUUAAAAGAAAUAGUGAUGUUCGGCCACCACGAAAUCAACAAGAAACAAGUUGAAUGCUGCUCGCUGUUUUUAUUGAGCUCUCAAAUGUAUUUGUGAAUGCUAACUGGUCCUCUUGUCAUAAGUUACUUUUUCGAGACAAAAGCAGAAAACUAGGAAUAAUCUAGGUGUUAAAACUCUCUUCUUUUUAACUUACAAGAAAAAACUCAAACUUUUUUCAGAGCUUGUACAUUUUUUCAUUUCUUGCUCCUACCGUUCCUGAAGAGCUUCAUUUUAAAGCUUAUUCUAAACUUUUAAGAUGCAUAAUGAGCUUUUUUGUGGCGUUAUUCUUAGUGUUCACAAUCACAGCAGAUACAUCUCAGCGUCAAUAUAAGCUUGUCAGUGCCUUUUUUAAAGCUCAGCUAAAACUUACCUUACACCGAGUAAUGCAGCGCUAGAGGUUUAAGGGAAAAUAUGGAGAAGAAAAAAAAUUAAACUUUCAUUCUUAAAUAACUUUUUACUAUUUCACUUAUCACACAGUUCUAGAGUUGCCAUCAAGAAGAAAAAGGCGUAGACUUAGAAAAAACAAAAAUGAUGGAGUAAGGUCAUUUGAGGCUCAGAUGCAUCUGCUGUGAUUGUAAAAAAACUAAAUAAAGCCACUGGAGGGCUCAGUCAGUAUAAAAAAAUUGUUUUCACCGAGAGGUAAGCUUUAUGUACAGUCCCUCAAAUAUUAGCGGAGACUAUUUGAUUGUUAAGUGCAUUUUCCCCCUGUCUCAUAGAUGAAUUUGUUGUAUAUUUCGUUCCCUAACUGAAGUGGUAAUUUUCAUGUACAUUUAAUUUCUGUAAAAAUGAAGUUAAGGUUAGAGCCAAAAAGGAAUGCUUGUAUUGUAACAUUCGGCAGUUAUACUUGACAAAUUGUUUCUAUAUUCAUCAAAGGGUGCAUUGAAAAUUUCAGAAAAUUUUCAUCAGUCACAGAAAAAAUUGCCAAUGUGUAAAAGGAAAUUUGAAACUUAAGGAGAAAACCAAAUUUUCAAGCAAAAUUGUGCAGCAUUUGCAAUGCAAUCAAGCACCUCUGAUUCUAAUUUGUCAAUCAUGUCUUACGGAAAA